AUGCUGACUGAGUUUUUUGAGCUUAUUCAAUUUCUGUUUGUGGUCACAUUCUCAACUUUCCUUGUCAACUGCGUGGAAUAUGACGUCCUAUUCGCUAACCGACCUGUCAAUCACACGGAACCGGGACACAACCCAAUGGACCGGAACAAAGUCACUCUCCCCGAUGCCAUCCUUCCGAGCCAGCAGUGCAAGGAGAGGAUACAAGAAAACAGCUGGGUAAUAUUUCUUCUCAUCAUGGCGGCCAUAUUCUGGAUUUAUCGUCUCAUCAAAGUGUUUUGUAAUAUCCUGAGCUACUGGGAGAUAAGGCAGUUCUAUAGCAAGGCGCUGAAAAUCCGAAUGGACGAACUAUGCAACUUCACCUGGCAGGAGGUCCAGGACCGCCUCAUCAGCCUGCAGCGGGAGCACCAGAUGUGCAUCCACAAGAAGGAGCUGACCGAACUGGACAUCUACCACCGCAUCCUCCGCUUCAAGAACUACAUGGUGGCCAUGAUCAACAAGUCCCUGCUGCCGGUGCAACUGCAGCUCCCCCUGCUGGGCAACGUUGUGUUCCUCACCCAGGGCCUCAAAUACAACUUCGAGCUCAUCCUCUUCUGGGGUCCCGGCUCGCUUUUUCAAAACAAGUGGAACCUCCAUCCGAAAUACAAGCGGAGUGGGAACCGGCUGGAGCUGGCGCAGCAGCUCAGACGAGUCAUUCUCCUGAUCGGACUUGCCAAUCUGCUCCUCUGUCCGUUCAUCCUAGUGUGGCAAGUCCUCUACGCCUUCUUUAGCUACACAGAUAUCAUCAGACGAGAGCCAGGGAGUCUCGGGGCAAGACGCUGGUCGUGGUUUGGCCGUUUGUACCUCAGACAUUUUAACGAACUGGACCACGAGUUGCACGGGAGAUUGGGUCGCGGCUACAAAGCCACAUCCAAGUACAUGAACUCCUUCACCUCGCCGAUGCUCACCGUCCUGGCCAAAAAUGUAGCCUUCUUCUCCGGCUCGGUUUUGGCCGUGCUCAUCGCGCUCACGGUGUACGACGAGGACGUUCUGACCGUGCAACACAUUCUGACUGCUAUCACUGUGCUUGGCGUGGUUAUUACGGUAACCAGGUCCUUCAUCCCGGACGAGCAUAUGGUGUGGUGCCCAGAGCAGCUGCUGCAGUGUGUGCUGGCACACAUUCACUACAUGCCCGACCACUGGAGAGGCAACGCUAACAAGAGCGAGACCCGGGACGAGGUGGCACAGCUGUUCCAAUACAAAGCGGUGUUCAUCCUGGAGGAGCUGCUUAGUCCCAUCGUUACGCCCUUCAUCCUGAUUUUCCACUUGAGAAAUAAGUCGCUGGAGAUUAUCGACUUCUUCAGGAAUUUCACAGUGGAGGUGGUGGGGGUCGGAGACAUCUGCUCCUUUGCACAGAUGGAUAUCCGGCGCCAUGGAAACCCAACAUGGAUGUCGGAGGGUCAGACGGAAGCCUCCAUUUACCAGCAGGCGGAGAAUGGCAAAACGGAGCUGUCUCUGAUGCACUUCACCAUAAAGAACCCGCGCUGGCAGCCCCCUCAGGAGAGCUCCGUGUUCAUCAGCCACCUGAAGGAGAAGGUCCACCAUGACGCCCUGACAGGCCCCACCCCCCAGCAGCUGAUGUCUGAGGCACCACUUUGCACCUCACUACAGUCCAAUGACUCUGGAGUCACUGGGCCUGAUAACUUACUGGCCAGCGUCUUGGCUCACCCCAUGCUGACGGCGUCGGGCUUGCAGGGCCGUGAGCACCGUUUCAUCCCUCCCAGCACCGCUGCAUCUGCUGCUGCGAGUGUCCUGGCCUCUCUGUCCGCCUCGCAGCUCCAUGGACCCACCAGCAGAGGGCGCCCUCAGAGCCUGCUGCCCACCUCCAUCCACCCAGAGAGCACUGUGUAUCACAGCGCCCACACCAACAACGACAGUAUGUCAGCCAGUGACUACCACAUAAGAAGCAACGCACUGCACUCAGAGUUUGCCUCAGCAGAAAUGAGCCUCCACGCCAUAUACAUGCAUGAGCUCCACCAGCAGACGUCUCAUCCCCAGAGAACAUCAGGGCAUUGGCAAAAUCCAGUGCCAAUGAGAGACCUUCAUCCUCAUGGGGGUCUGAGCACCAGCCUCUCCAUGCCUGCUCCUCUGCUGAUGCCUUAUGUCAUAAGUGUUUACAUUGUACUUUCUUCAGUGAACAUCGUGGCCUUAGAAGAUCUUGAUUUGGUAUUGAGCAUGGACCUUUUGGACGUCAUCCAUCGAAAGCUUGCAUCAGCGCAGGCCAGUUACAUGACGAAAACCACUGUCUCGUUGCACCUUCACACAAGAAACACAAUGGAUCCCAACCUGUUUGGUGGCGUCCCCAGGUUUCUCACCAGGCCCAAAGCAUGUGCCAUGUGCACUGGGAAAGAUGCCACACUCAGUGCCACUAUUGUGGGCAGUCCCACUCCCCUCAUCACCUGGGAAAAGGACAAGCUCCGGCUCAAAUCUGGAGGACGCUUCAAAAUGGUGGAGGACGGUGACAUUUACCGCCUCACCAUCUACGAGCUCACACUGGAGGACAGCGGCCUGUACGUGUGUCGGGCCAAGAACAACGUGGGAGAAGCGUAUGCGUGUGUUACACUCAAAGUGGCUUUACCUACAGAGAUGGCACAAAGAGCUCCUGCAUUCUUGGAAAAGCCUAUGUCUACUCGAGUAGGUUUGGGAGGUGAUGUUGUCUUCCAUUGCAAGGUUGUUGCCCAUCCAGAGGCCAAUUUUGACUGGGAGAAAGACGGCCGCUACCUGGGAGAAAGUAACCGCAUAAAGAUCAUUAGCGAGAAUGGUGGCAGCACUUUAAAGAUUCAAAGCGUACGUAACUUGGACGCCGGCACCUACACUUGCAGAGCCCAGAAUACAGUCGGCCGGGCCCACGCUUCAGCCGCUCUAGUUGUCGACUCCCAAGAUCCUCGCCAGCUCACGUCGGACAAAUCCACCUCUCUUCUGUCGCAUCUUCAGAAACGCAAAGAAGAAAUGAAGAAGGAUAUUGCAGUCUAUCGCAACGAAGAGAAAACCUCCACAACUAUCAGUAAUGAGUUAAGGGCGUCCAUGUUGGCAAAGCUUCCCAAAGGUGUGUUCACUCGCACCUGCACCGUGACAGAGGGGAAGCACGCCAAACUGAGCUGCUUUGUGACCGGGCACCCCAAGCCCCACAUCAUCUGGAGGAAGGACGGCAGUAACAUCAGCGAAGGGCGCAGACAUGUGAUUUAUGAAGACCAAGCCGAGAACUUCAUCCUAAAGAUCCUCUAUUGUAAACAAAGCGACAACGGCUUCUACACCUGCAACGCAACAAACAUGGCCGGACAAACCUACAGCGCUGUGCUGGUCACUGUCAAAGAGCCAAAGGUGCCGUUCAAGAGGAAGCUGCAGGACGUGGAGGUGCAGGAGAAGUCUUCGGCCACCAUGCUGUGUGAAGUCCCUCAGAGCCUCACUCACGCCAGCUGGUUCAUGGAGGAGACCAAACUGGAGCAGAACACCAAGUACCACAUGGAGCAGGACGGGACGCUGCGCCUCCUCACGAUCCACAACGUGACCACCAAUGAUGACGGCGUCUACAUUUGUGAGACCCAGGAGGGCAGCCGCACUGUGGCCGAGCUCACUGUGCUGGGAAAUAUCACCAAGAAGCUCCCCCGCAGGACCGUGGUGCCGGUCAGUGAUACAGUCAUCUUCUGUGUGGAGCUGGAGCAGCCCUGUCCUGACUCCUACUGGACCCGAAACGGAGAGAGACUCAAAGAGGACGUCCGCAUUUCCAUCGCCUGCAUCCACCGGCAGUACACGCUCACCAUCAGGGACUGCCAGGCACAGGACUCCGGGGAGGUGGCCUUUGUGGCUGGAGACUGCAAAACCUCCACACGAUUCACUGUCACUGCUGCAAGAAAACACCCCCCUGAUCCCCCAGUCAAUGCAGUGGUGCAGAACAAGAGCGAAUCGUCCAUCACCUUCCAGUGGUCUCCCCCCGAGAGCGACCGGCCAGUACCCAUCAGUGGCUACAUUGUGGAGAGGAGGAAGAUUGGAGUUCAGCAGUGGCAGCGCUGCAACCCAGGAGAAUUAGUCAACAUCCCAGAGUUCACCAUUUCCAGCUUCACUGAGGAGGCCACCUACCAGUUCAGAAUCUCUGCUGUCAAUGACUUUGGCCAGAGCCCAUACAUGGAGGUGCCAGGAAGCUUCUACUUGGAGCCCAGAGCAGAGCUGAAGAGAGGCCUGUCAGACAGCGUGGCGAUCGCUGAAGAAGAGUUCUCCAUCUCUGUGGAGCUGUCGGCCGUCUGCUCCGGUUUCUGGUCUUUGGGAGGUCGUCUGUUGCGCAGCGGCGGAGACUAUCUCAUCACCAGGUCCAAGAACGUACACACCCUCCUCAUCCGCAUCGUCACCAUGGAGAUGAACGGACUCGAGGUCAAGUUUGUCGGAGGAGGAUCUCAGACCACAUGCACUUUAAAUGUGAAGGCUCCUCUCGUCAGGUUCACCAACAAGUCAGCCCAGCAGGCGGUCAUAUGUGGCGUCCAGGACACAGCUGAGCUGACAGCUGAAGUGUCCGACUAUGAUGCUAAGGUGGUCUGGAUGAGGAAUGGACGUGAGAUUAAAAUUGGAAAGAAGUACGAAUGUGUGGUCAUCGAUCGCAAGAGGAUCCUGAUUGUCCAUAAUGUCACAGAAGAAGAUGUGGGAGUUUACCAGUGCGCUCUAGCUGAGGACAAAGUAGAUCUGCAACUCUCUCUAAAAGAUGAACCUGCCAAGUUCCUGAACAAGGCCAGGGGUCCGAUGGGAAUGGCCUCCUCGCUCAAAGGAGACCUGGAGUUGAAAUGCGAGGUGUCUCCUGCCAGUGCGGUGGUGGUGUGGAAAAAAGACCAAGUGGAGGUCACCGAGGACCAAAGAACUCUCUUUGUCUCCAAUGGCACCCAAAGGAAACUCGUGAUUAAGGGGGCCAAGAAGAGCGACGAAGGGCAUUACUCUUGUGAGACAGCCACAGACAAAGUCACAUUCCAGGUCAAAAUCAAAGAAACUCAAGCUGCCUUCUCUAGUAAGGAGUCCGUGCAGAGAGAUGUCAAAGCUGUCCCAUCACAGAAGACCACUCUCAGCUGCGACGUGUCCGACAGCAAGACGGAGGUGAAGUGGUACAAAAACGGGAAGCAGAUCAUCUCAAGCCGUUCCAUCUACACAGAAGUUAAAGGCACCACUCGAGUUCUGGUGAUGGAGAAGGUGGAGAAGAGCGAUGCCGGAGAGUACACAUGUGAAGCUGCAGGGGAGAAACUGGUGUUCAAGAUCACAGUGGCAGAGCCACAGCCAUCUUUCUCAAACACAGAGUCUGUCCAGAAAGAAGUGAAGGCUACUCUCUCCCAAAAAGCCUCUCUGAGCUGUGAGGUGUCCGAGACCAACACUGAGGUCAAGUGGUUCAAAGACGGAAAACUCUUGACGUCCUCCAAGUCCGUCCACACAGAGGCCAAAGGCAAGACUCGGCAGCUUGUGUUCGACAGCAUCGAGAAAAGUCAUGCUGGCGAAUACGUCUGUGAGGCAGGCACGGAAAAGCUGGUCUUUAAGAUACACGUGGCAGCUGAUACAAAUGUGCAGUCGACCUCCAAUAAAGAAUCCAUCCAGAAACAAGUCAAAGCAGUGCUGUCUCAAGCUGCAAUUUUGAGCUGCGAGGUGUCUGACUCCAAGACAGAGGCGAAAUGGUACAAAGACGGCAAAGUAGUGACCUCCACUAAAGCAGCGCACAUGGAAUCAAAGGGUAAGACUCGGCAGCUGGUCAUCGACAAAGUGGAGAAGAAGGAUGCAGGAGAAUACACCUGUGAGGCUGGGACUGAGAAGUUUGCCUUCAAAAUGUCCGUUGAAGAGGCCAAAUCCUCUUUCCUACACAAAGAGUCUAUCCAGAAGGAGAUAAAAACCAGCAUCUCUCAAAAGGCUGUACUGACCUGUGAAGUGGCCGACAGCAAGACUGAGGUUAAAUGGUACAAAGACGGAAAACUGCUGAGCUCCAGUCGCACGAUCCACAUGGAGUCGAAGGACAAGACAAGGCGGCUCGUGAUCGACAGCGUGGAGAAGAAAGACGUUGGCGAAUACAUCUGUGAAGUCGGAAAAGUCAAGUGGUACAAAGAUGGGAAAGUCAUCACGACCAGCAAAACUGUUCACAUCGAGUCCAAAGGAAAAACUCGACAAAUCAUCAUUGAGAAUGUGGAGAAGAGUCACGCAGGGGAGUACACAUGCGAGGCUGGAACUGAGAAGCUCUCCUUUAAGAUUCAAGUAGCAGAAGCUCCGGCUGCUUUCACAAACAAAGAAUCUGUCAAAAAGGAAGUCAAAGCCUCUCUUUCUCAAAAGGCCACUCUGAGCUGUGAGGUUUCCGAUUCAAAGGCAGAGGUGAAAUGGUACAAGGAGGGGAAACUCCUCACCUCCAGCAAAGCGGUUCAUAUGGAAACAAAAGGCAAGAGCCGUGAGCUAAUCAUCGAGAAAAUGGACAUGAAAGAUGCUGGAGAAUAUACCUGUGAAGCUGGGGCUGAGAAACUUUCCUUUAAACUGCAAGUGCAAGAUGUAGCAGUGAAGUUUCAGAAAAAGUCCGUUAAGGACACCUCUGUUCAAGCCAAAGAAGACUUUGUGCUGACUGCAGAGCUCACCACUGAAGGUGGCACCGUCAGAUGGUUCAAAGACGGUGUGGAGCUAAAAGAGAGCGUUCAAUGUCAAAUGAAAAAAGAAGGUCUUUCACGAAUGCUCAUCGUCAGAUCCAGUGGGGCCAAAGACAGUGGAACGUACACUUGCCAGACUUCUGACGACAGGCUGGAAUUCAAAGUCCAAGUGAAAGAGGCAGACUUGAAGUUUGCCACUCCUCUGAAACCAGCUUCUGUGGAGCUGGGAGGUACUCUGAGCCUCGUGUGCGAACUUAGCCAGGCAACAGGGGAUGUUGUGUGGCGCCAUAAUGGUCGCGAGGUUAAGAGUGGCGGUCGCUACAGUGUGAAAGCAGAUGGGACCAAGCAAUUUCUCACGGUGACGGCUAUGAGCAAAGAAGAUGAAGGGGAAUACACCUGCGAGAGUAAAAAUGACAAGACGACCACUAAAGUCACCUCAAAGGAGCCAAAACAAGUGAGAAUCACUACCAAGCUCAACAACGUGGCAGCGAUGGAAGGCAAAGAUGCUAUCUUUAAAUGCGCCCUCACACCAGCAGACGUGAAUGUAAAAUGGUUCCACAACAGUGUCCCUGUGACCGCUGGAGCUAAGUACAAGACUGAACAGGGAGGCACCAGCUUCUCUCUCACCGUCACAUCAAUCAGCCAGAAAGACGCAGGCGAGAUCAGCAUCGACGCAGAGGGCAAAACAUGCAAGGCCACUCUUCAAGUCCAGCAUGAACCAGUGAUGUUUAAAAAGAAGCUGGAAAACCUGACGGUGGAAGAGCAGAGCGACGUCAAGAUGGAGGUGGAGCUGAGCAAGGCCUCAGACGACGUGCGCUGGAUGAAGAACAGCGUCGUGAUUCAGCCGUCUGGAAACACUCUGAUCCAAGUCAAUGCAGCCAAACAGACCCUCGUCAUCAAAAAUGUCACUACUGCUGACCGAGGCUUGUACUCCUGCGAAACUCUGGACGACAAGACGCAGGCUAAACUCAACGUGGAGAUGAAGAAAAUCCAGUUGGUGAAGGGUCUAAAAGAAACUAAAGGCUGUGAGACAGAAACUGUAACUCUGGAGGUGGAGCUGAGCCAGGUCGAUGUACAAGGGACCUGGACCAAAGAUGGAUCCAAGCUGAGAUCUGGGGCCGGCUGCAGCAUCACUGUUUUGGGGAAGAAACAUGUGCUCACAAUGUCCAAGCUGAAGAAGGAGGACGGAGGGAUGAUCGCCUUCCAAGCAGACGACGUCCACACAUCUGCCAAACUCAUCGUCACAGAGCCACCACUUAAGAUUUGCAAACCCAUCAUGGAUAUUAACGCUGCUGAAAAAGAAAAGGUUACUUUUGAAUGUGAAGUGUCUCGAACAACUUCGGAUGUAAAAUGGUUUAAGGAUGACAAGGAGAUCACAUCUGGAAAGGACAUGUCCAUCCAUUCGCUGGGCAAGAAGCACUCUUUGGUCAUCAAUAAAUGUACUUUUGAACACACUGGGACUUACAUCUGCCGCACCCCUGAUGACAACACUUCUGCCAAGCUCCAAGUUCAUGCCAGAGAGAUAAAGAUUGUAAAGAGGCUUGAGGAUGUGGAGGUGAUGGAAAAGGAGAGCGCGACGUUUGUCUGUGAAGUCUCCCAUGAGGAAGUAGACUGUCAGUGGUACAAGGGAAGCAGCAAAAUCAAAGCCAGCGACAAUAUAAAAAUGAGACAAGAAGGCAAGACAUAUACGCUGGUGUUCAAGUCUGCUUCUGUCGAAGAUAUGGGGGAGAUCAAAUUCACUGCAGACAAAGCCUCAUGUACGGCAAAACUGAAAGUGAAAGAACUGCCAGUCAAGUUUGUGAAGAAACUCAGAGAUAAGAUAGCCAUUUAUAAGCAUCGUGGCCAUCUUGAAUGCCAAGUGUCACGCGCUAGUGCUAAAGUGAAGUGGUUCAAGAACAAGACGGAGCUCAAAUCAGGCAAAAAGUACGACAUCAGGAGCGAGGACGUGUACCGCCAGCUCACCAUCAACGACGUGGACUCUGGAGACGAAGACACCUACGUUUGUGACGCCAACGAUGACAAGACCUCAUGUAAACUGCUGGUUGAAGAGCAGUCCAUCAGCAUCGUGCGAGAGCUUAGUUCUGUGGAAGUGACCGAGCCAUUCGUGGCUGUGUUUGAGGUAGAGAUCAGCAUGGAGCUGGUCAAGCCUCCUCUGUGGACUCUGAGCGGAGUCGCAGUGAAGGAGAGUGCGGACGUGGAAAUGGAGAAAGAGGGAACGCUGCACCGACUCACGUUUAUAAAGACCAAAGCCGACAUGUCUGGACCAGUCGUGUUCACAGCAGGGAAAAGCAAGUCCCAAGCACAACUCACAGUCAAAGAGCGCCCUCUAGAGGUCUCAGAGCCAAUCAAGAACGUGAAGGCAAAGGAGAAGAGCUCCGCGAUCCUCAGCUGCAAGUUCUCCGCUCCUCCCAAAGACGUUCACUGGUUCAAGGGCGAUCUUCCACUGGCCACAUCCGACAAGUACAACCUAAAGCAGGACGCCACCAGGGCCCAGCUCACCAUCCAGCGGCUCGCAGAGGAGGACACCGGGGAGUACCGCUGCCAGUCUGGACCAGCGGAGACCAAAGGAACGCUCACUGUUGAAAUGCGUGACAUCCAGAUCACCAAACACCUCGCUGACACUGAGGUGGAUGAGGACGGUGACGCAGUGUUCACUUGUGAGGUCAACUACGCCGAUGAAGAGGUGCAGUGGCUGCUCAACGACAAAGUGCUCUUCACCAACGAGGUCAACACGAUCAGCCACGACGGCAAAGUCCAUAAGCUGACGUUAAAGAACCUCGCCCCUCAAGAUGGCGGCACUAUCAGUGUUCAAGUGCGCAAAGUCAAAGAAUCGGUUACGCUUACGGUGAAAGAAAAACUCGCUGUAUUCCUCAAGUCUCUGGAUGAUGUUGUCGGGGAGGAGAAGGGCAUGAUAACUUUAGCCUGCGAAGCCUCCAAGCCCAGAGUCUCUCCGACCUGGAAGAAGGACGGGAACGUCCUGAAGGCUGGACCUAAGUAUGAGCUCCUUCACACGGGCAGAUCUCUGGGGCUAAUCAUCAAAAGUGUGACAAAAGAGGAUGCUGGAGAGUACAUCUGCGACCUGGGGACAGAGGCCUCCAAAGCAAUGGUCACUGUUAGAGAAAUCGGCAUUGGCAUCACCAAAUGGCUGAAGCCCGCUGAGGCAAAUGAAGGAGAGGCCUGCAGUUUUGAGUGCAUUUUGUCUCGCGAAAGCUCAGACGAGAGCUCCUGGACUCUGAAUGGUAAAAACAUCACGAACGGAGGCAGAUAUAAAAUCAGCAGUAAAGGUCGCAAGUACAUGUUGACUGUAAGUGAUGUCACUCCUGCGGACGCCGGUGAGGUGGUGUUCAGCAUCAAAGAUCUCAGCUCCAAAGCCACAUUAACAGUCGAAGGCAAAGCUUCAUCUGUUGCAAAAGCACUGGAGAACGUGAGUGUUGUCCAAGGUGAGGAUGCUGUUUUCACCUGCGAGGUAACAAAGUCCAGCUCCACCGUCAAAUGGGCAAAAGACAGCAGAGCCAUCAAGAAGAGCCAGAAGUAUGACAUCAGCCAGGAGGAUACUCUCAUGAAGCUGACCAUCCACACUGUGACGGCACAAGACUCUGGGGAGUACAGCUGUGAAGUGGUGGGAGGGGCCACCACCAGAGCCACGCUGGAGAUCAAGGAGCCAAUCCACACGUUCACCAGAGCGCUGCAGGACAGCCAGGCGGAGGAGAAAGGCUCUUUGAGUUUGCAGUGUGAGACGGCUCUGAGUCCCUCCUCAGUGGUGUGGCUGAAGGGCCACACAGAGCUGCGAGCGGGAGGAAAGUACCAAAUGACCCAGAGAGAGAACCUCCUGACUCUGACCAUCACAGACCUGGAGGAGACAGACACUGACAUCUACACCUGUGACGUGUCCACUGCUAAGAGCAUGGCCAAGGUCACUGUCAAAGCGUUACCCGUCGCAUUCACAAAGAAGCUGCAGACGCUGGAGGCUGAAGAGGGUGCCAGUGUGACCCUGUGCUGUGAGCUCUCUAAACCUGGGGUGUCAGUGCUGUGGAAGAAGGGCACACAGAGCCUGAAGUCUGGAGACAGACUCCAGCUGAAGCAGAAAGACUGUGUGAACGAGCUGCUCAUCACCAAAGUGGAGCCAGAAGACUCUGGAGACUACAGCUGUGUGUGCGGAGACCAGCAGACCACCGCUAAACUCUGUGUCAAGGCUCUACCAGCGGUCUUCACCCAGAAGCUGCAGAUGUUGGAGGCUGAGGAGGGGGGCAGUGUGACCCUGUGCUGUGAGCUCUCUAAACCUGGGGUCUCAGUGCAGUGGAAGAAGGGCACACAGAGCCUGAAGUCUGGAGAUAGACUCCAGCUGAAACAGAAAGAUUUUGUGAACGAGCUGCUCAUCACCAAAGUGGAGCCAGAAGACUCUGGAGACUACAGCUGUGUGUGCGGAGACCAGCAGACCACCGCUAAGCUCUGUGUCAAGGCCCUACCAGCGGUCUUCACCCAGAAGCUGCAGAUGUUGGAGGCUGAGGAGGGGGCCAGUGUGACCCUGCGCUGUGAGCUCUCUAAACCUGAGGUCUCAGUGCAGUGGAAGAAGGGCACACAGAGCCUGAAGUCUGGAGACAGACUCCAGCUGAAACAGAAAGACUGUGUGAACGAGCUGCUCAUCACCAAAGUGGAGCCAGAAGACUCUGGAGACUACAGCUGUGUGUGCGGAGACCAGCAGACCACCGCUAAACUCUGUGUCAAGGCUCUACCAGCGGUCUUCACCCAGAAGCUGCAGAUGUUGGAGGCUGAAGAGGGGGCCAGUGUGACCCUGCGCUGUGAGCUCUCUAAACCUGGGGUCUCAGUGCAGUGGAAGAAGGGGACACAGAGCCUGAAGUCUGGAGACAGACUCCAGCUGAAGCAGAAAGAUUUUGUGAACGAGCUGCUCAUCACCAAAGUGGAGCCAGAAGACUCUGGAGACUACAGCUGUGUGUGCGGAGACCAGCAGACCACCGCUAAACUCUGUGUCAAGGCUUCCAAGGCAGCAACUGCCACAUCAGUCUCUAAAGUUGAACUUCAGGGGCAGGUGACUACAGAAACGACAGGAGUCAAUAAGGUUGAGACAGUGAGUGCAGCGGCCGUAAUCUCCAAAGACAAAGAUAUACAAAAAAAGCAGGAGUUGAAUGAGACAGUAGAAGUCAAUAAAAGUGAAGCUGGAUCCAAGAAAAAUGUACAGGAGGUUAAAGAGACAGUUGAAGCUGUUCUGAUCGUACCCACUGGACAGAUGCCUAUGCAACAGAUUUCUAAACAAGAAACAUGCGCAACAACAGAAGCAGCUCCAGUCACGUUCGACAAAGGCCUGGAGAGUCAAGAGGCCACAGAGGGUAGCACGGCCACGCUUUCUUGCGAAACCUCCAGUGCAGAUGCCAAAGUGACCUGGCGCAAGGGAACGCAAGUCCUCGAUCCUGGCGACAAGUACAUCAUGGAGAAGAAGGGCGCCUCCCACAAUCUGGUUAUACGCAAACUUAGCAUUGGUGAUAAUGGAGAAUACAUAUGUUGCACAGGGGAUAAACAAACCACAGCUUUCCUCACCGUCAAAGAGCGUGUGCGAAUCAUCCGAGAGUUCAGAGAUGUUACCGUCACCACGGGCCAAGACGCUGUCUUCGAGGUGGAGCUGUCUCACCCCGGCAUCACCACCGGGGAAUGGUGGCUCGGGGACAACCUUCUCCAGAAUAACGACCUGAAUCAGAUGAGCAGCGAGGGGACAGUGCACCGGCUCUCCCUCAAGAUGGUCACCACAGACGAGACCGGAGAUGUUGCUUUUGUUAUGGGGGAGGAGAAGUGUGUGGCUUAUCUUCAGGUGGAAGAGAAGCCCAAAGUUUUGAUUGUGGAGAAGCCUCACAACACAGUGGCUUUAGAAGGGGAGACAGUAACCUUGGCCUGCACAACCUCGGACCCUAAUGGCACCGUGACAUGGGCGAGGAAUGGUACUGUCCUCAAAGCAGGUCUGAAGUAUGACUUGAAGAAGAAUGGGGCUUUCCACCAGCUUCGCAUCCACAGCCUCAAGUCUGAUGACUCUGGGACAUAUACUUGUGACACUGGAGAAGACCAGUGUGAGGUCCAAGUCACAGUGGAAGGUGCCCCGGCCUACUUCCUAAAGGAACUGAAGAACCAGGAAGCUAUCGAGGGGGAUGAUAUUGUUCUGCACUGUGAGCUUUCUAAGCCGGGUGUUCAUGUGGAGUGGAGAAAAGGAGGUGCGGUUCUCCACUCGGGUAAGAGAGUGAACAUAAAGCAGGAUGGUGGUGUUCAGGAGCUCCACCUCCUCAAUCUUUCCGGCAGGGCACCUGAUGCAGUGCAGUGGUGGCUAGACGGCACACUACUGGAGAACAGUGCGUUUAGUGAGAUAGGAAUGAGCCUGGGACACAUCCACACUCUGACCCUCAAGAACCUGGCCACAGACGACUCGGGCACUGUCAUGUUUAAGACGGGCAGUCUGCUGUCCACAGCCAAGCUCUUAGUCAAAGCAGCCAUGUCCUGUGCAUGUGGCUCCUCUGCUGGCCUCAUGAACUUGGCCUCGCCCUCAGAUCCCACAGUGGAGGUCGUGAGCGCGAUGGAAGACCUUCGGGUGUUAGAGAACCAGGCGGCACAGUUCAUCUGCCAGUACUCCCGGCCGGUCAAAGCCGAGUGGAGAAAGGAUGGGCGACCGCUACAGCCGGACGGCAGCAGGGUGGUGGUGGAGCAGGACUGGAAUGUGGCGCGAUUGUUCAUUAGUCACGUGUCCGCUGAGGACCGAGGCACUUAUUCCUGUGAGGCUCAGGGCACUUGUGUGGUGGCUACACUGCAUGUGGAAGACAAACCUAUCACCAUUGUCCAGAAUUUAGAAAACAUGGAAACGUUUGAUGGCGGUGAGGCACUGUUUGAAUGCGCCUUGAGUCGGCCUGAGACCAAGGACUGUCAGUGGCUCCUGAAUGGGAAAGCAGUGAAGGAGUCUCCAAACGCCGAGCUGGUGUCAUUUGAGAGCGGCCUGCGUCACCUACUGCUCCUCAAAGAGCUGCGCGUGGAGGACAGCUGCACCGUGACCUUCAGAGCUGGGGCUGCGUCCACGUCUGCGCAGCUCACUGUCAAAGGUUGGCAGCUGGAUGUGGUGAAGCCGCUUGAGGACAAAGUAGCCGUAGUGGGAGAAAAGGUUGAGUUUUCUGUUGAGCUAAAUGAGCCUGUGCCGAUGUCCGAGGUAAUCUGGUAUGCCAACGGAGUGGAGCUGAAGCCCAAUGACAUCUGGGCGAUGAAGGCAGCCGGCAACUCUUUUCAGCUGGUCUUGAAAAGGACCCCUCUCUUGCCUCAGCAGGAAAUCACUUUUGCAGCCAGAGAUGCACUGUCUUUGGCUAAACUCUCCAUUAUUACUGUACCGGACCCACCAGAGGAUCCUGAGGUCUUUAUUAAGAACCAUUCUGCAAGCCUGUCAUGGUUCACCCCUCUGCACAAUGGGGGAAGUCCUAUUUUGGGUUAUAAAGUGGAAAUGCGGCUGGUGGACAGUGUGCUGUGGAUGCCUUGUCACACAGAGCCGGUGUGUAACACUGAGUUUGUGGUGGAAAACCUGAUGCUCGGAGCGGCGUACAGGUUUAGGAUUGCAGCCAUCAACAGGGCCGGGACAGGAGAGCCUGUCGAGCUGCCUCAGACGGUGCAGCUUGAGAAACCUAAAAAGCCAAGCGUCUCUGAAGAUGAAGAGCUAAAGAGUCUUCCUUCAAAGCCUGCUAAUGAAGAAGAAAUUCAAAAGCUUUCUGUGCAAAAGUCUACUGAAGUCGCUGCACAAGAGGUGGUGAAAACUCAAGAGGUUGUGAAAGCUCAAGAGGUGUUCACCACAGCACAGACCGUGAAGACCAGUGAGAAAGAGCAAACUAUCACUUCCGCAACGAAUGAAGCAUCACUCGUGUCGUAUCUGAAGAACAGCAGCACGUCUGCAAUCUCUGAGGCUCAAGUUAUUACCACUGAGAAAUCACAAGUUACUCAGACCAUCAUCCAACAGACAGAAGUUAAAACCGGGUCAACCACCAUGACAUCGGUUCAGUCCGCCGCGGUGUCCACAGAAGAAGUCAUGGAGAUCAGUAAAGAGGACGAGCCCGAACUCACCGAGGCCGCCAUCAAGAUACAAGCCGCUUUCAAAGGAUUCAAAGCCCGUAAAGAGAUGAAGCCGGUUUUCAAAGGCGUUUUCAAAGACCAGACCAAGGAGCCCAGUGGUACCAUCCACCUGGAGUGCCUAGCUGAAGGCAAACCCGAAAAAGUGCGCUGGCUGAAGGACGGCCAGCCCCUAGCGGAUGGAAAACACCACCACAUCGAUAUUUACAACGACGGAACCUGCGCUCUGGUCAUCACUGCCGUUACCACCAAGGACACAGGCGUCUACACUUGCGAGGCCAGUAACAAGUUCGGCCUGUCCUCUCACAGUGCCAAAGUCACUGUGGGUGCAGCCAGAGAGUCUGGACGCAGGCCUCUGACCGUGGGCUACAGCGCGGACAGCGAGCCGGACAGUUCGUCUGGUAGCGAGAUGGACGAGUCGCUGAGGAAAGCCAGCAGACGCCUCCGCAAACUGCUACGCACCCACCUGCCUCCCGACGUGGAGGAGGAACCCUUUGUGAGCGCAGAUGAAGGCGAGCUGAAGACCCCAGACCUGCAUUCGUACAGGGAGGACGAGAGCUACAUCUACAUUAAGUUCGACACACGAACAGACGCAGAGGUGGCGAAGAUGAGGUUCCAGGAGAUGUUCACGGUGCACGGGGUCCCGGUGGAAACUGAGAUCAUAGAUGCAGCAGCGCACAAGGUGGAGCUGCGAAUCAGGAAGACAGGCUACUCACAGGAUGGGACAGAGACACCCACCCCAGACAAACAAGCCCCUGCCUUCAUGACUGGAGCUGCUGCUGCACCACUUUUCCUGACCGAGCUGCAGAGCCAGGAUGUCCCGGACGGAUACCCAGUGAGCUUCGACUGCGUGGCGAUUGGCAAACCCGCUCCUACAGUGAAAUGGUACAAAGAUGGCAAACUGCUGGAGGAGAACGACCAUUACAUGAUCAACGAGGACCAGGAGGGCCGCCAUCAGCUCAUCAUCACCUCUGUGCUGCCCACUGACAUGGGCGUUUACCGCUGCACCGCUGAGAACAGUAGUGGCAUUACAGCCACCAAAGCCGAGCUCCGGGUGGACAUGUCGUGCAGCUCAGAUUAUGACACAGCAGCAGACGCCACAGAGACGUCUUCAUAUGUCAGUGCAAAGGAUACAUCCAGGGAAACUGAAACCUUUGAGUCUGUGACUGAAGACGAUCAGCUUCCUCAAGUAGUGGAGGAGCUGCACGACAUCCACGUCAGUCCAGGCUCACCGAUCGUCAAGAUGCAGCUCAGAGUAAAGGGUUUCCCCAAACCUCGUGUGUACUGGUUCAAAGAUUGCCAGCCUCUGCGUUCGUCCAAAAGAGUGACCGUACUGGCUGAAAGAGACACUCACGGUGUGGAGAUCACGGAGGUGGCUAAAGCCGAUAUGGGAGAAUACUCUGCCUUCAUCAGCAACGCGGCCGGGUCUGCGUACUCCUCCGCUCGCCUCCUCGUGCUGAAUCCUGGAGAGAGGCUUCCUCAAGAUAAGAAGGACCUCAAGGUACCACUGGUGCCUCCCCGUUUUAUCGAGAGGUUCCCGAACCGAAAGGUCAAGCAAGGAACCAGCAUUACUCUGUCGGUCAAAGUGGAAGAUAAGAAGGACCUCAAGGUACCACUGGUGCCUCCCCGUUUUAUCGAGAGGUUCCCGAACCGAAAGGUCAAGCAAGGAACCAGCAUUACUCUGUCGGUCAAAGUGGAAGGUUCUCCCACUCCUACUGUUAACUGGCUCAAAGAAGAGUCUAUUGAGGAUGUGUUGUGGAUCAAGCCGGACACCAAAGGGUUUAAAAUAGCCAGCUCUGGGCGCCAGCACAGUCUCAUUUUAAUGGAUGUGGGCACAGAAUACACAGGCGCCUACACGUGUAUCGCCACAAAUAAAGCAGGACAGUCUAUCUGCACAGCUCACCUCGAGGUGGAUGACUCACCACAACCAAAGAAAGAAGUCAAAGCAACAGAGGUCCUUGGAAUUACAGUAAGUCCACCAGCAGUGGAAGCAGUCAGAGCAAAAGAGACCAGAAUACCGUACCUUGGUGAAGUCGGUUCGGAAGAGUUCCUCAUGAAACUGACCUCCCAGAUCACUGAAAUGGUUUCGGCCAAAAUCACACAAGACAGUGCACAGAAUCAGGACGUUCUACAGUGGAUGAAAUCCUGGCCCAAAAAUACCACCUCUUUGCGAGUCCCCGGUGCCGACAGUGACGAUGAGACCAAGACCCCCUCAGCCACUCCUCACCACGGCCGCUCCAGACCCCCCUCCCUCAUCGCAGACUCUUCCUCCGAGUCAGACGAGGGCGACGCCCGUGGAGAGAUGUUUGAUAUCUACGUGGCCACAGCGGACUACAACCCGACCAUGGCGAGUAAAGAGUCCAUCUCACUGAAGGAAGGCCAGUAUGUGGAGGUCCUGGACUCGGCUCAUCCUCUCAAGUGGCUGGUCAGGACCAAACCAACCAAAACAACGCCUUCCCGGCAAGGCUGGGUUUCUCCUGCCUACCUGGACAAGAAGCUCAAACUCUCUGCUGAUAGUGGCGAUCUCCCUGAAGGCCAUGUGGAGGAGGUCUCUGAGGGUGAAUACAAGAGGAAGCUGGUCCAACUGAUCCAGGACUUGAUUAACUCCGAGUCUCAGUUCAUCAAAGAGGUGGACUUCUUCACCUCACACCACCUGACUCACGCAGAAAGCCCAGGUGCCCCUCCUGAUGUCACUGAGAACAAAGACACAAUAUUCAGGAACAUCCAGGACAUCAAAGUCUUCCACAACAGAGCAUUCCUCCCAAAGUUAACCGAUUGUGAGACUGACGAUGAUGUGGCCAUGUGCUUCCUGAAGAACAAGGAGGGCUUUGAGAAGUACCUGCAGUACCUGGUGGGCCAGAGCCGGGCCGAGGCCACUGUCAGCGAGAAGACGGUUCACCGCUACUUUAAGGAGUAUACCGAAAGCGAAAAGGUCAAUGCCGACCCGAACGGCCCUCAGGUGCAAAGCAUCAACGCCCAUCUCCAACAGCCCCAGGAAAGGAUUCAGAAAUACAAGGCUCUGCUCAAGGAGCUAAUUCGAAACAAGGCAAAGAAUGGUCAGAACUGCUGUCUGCUGGAGGAGGCCUACGCGAUGGUGUCUGCCCUGCCCCAGCGCUCAGACAACACUCACCACGUGUCUUUGAUCGAGAACUACCCCGCCACGCUGGAAGUGCUGGGAGAGCCCGUCAGACAGGGUCCAUUCCAAGUUUGGGAAGGAGCGCCCGGUAUCAGGUCGUCCUCUAGGGGUCACCAUCGUCACGUUUUCCUCUUCAAGAACUACUGUAUCAUCUGCAAGCCCAAGAGAGAAAGCAACACUGACACGCAGACCUACGUGUUCAAAAACAUGAUGAAGCUGAACAACAUGGACGUGAACGAGACCGUGGAGGGAGACGAGCGUGCCUUCGAGAUCUGGCACGAGCGCGAGGACUCGGUCAGGAAGUACACUCUGCAGGCGCGCACCGUCAACAUCAAGAACUCGUGGCUCCGGGAUCUUCGCGAGCUGCAGCAGAGAUACAGCCUGCCCACGUGGAGUCCUCCUGACUUUGAAGAGAUCCUUGCCAACUGUACGGCAGAGCUGGGACAGACUGUCAAACUUGCGUGCAAAGUGACCGGGGCGCCCAAACCUGUGGUCACCUGGUACAAAGACGGCCGCGCGGUGGGAGCUGACCCCCACCACAUCGUCAUCGAGGACCCGGACGGCUCGUGCACGCUCAUCCUGGACAACAUGAGCGCUGACGACUCAGGACAGUACAUGUGCUUCGCCUCCAGCGCCGCCGGCAACGCCAGCACGCUGGGCAAGGUCACAGUGCAGGUCCCUCCUCGCUUUGUGACCAAAAUGAGGAAUGCAGUGUUCUAUGCUGGAGAGGACGCCCAGUUCACGUGUGUCAUACAGAGCGCGCCGUCCCCUAAGAUCAGGUGGUUCAGAGAGGGCCGGCUGCUGACCGACCAGGAAAAGUACCAGACAUACAGCGAGAUGAGGAGCGGAGUCGUGGUUCUCGUCAUCAAAAACCCUUCAGAGAGAGACCUGGGACAUUACGAGUGCGAGUUGUCUAAUCGCCUCGGCUCCGCUAAGUGUGCAGCCGAUUUAGUCCUUCCUACCGUGGUGGCCCGCCCUGCAGAACAAGCCAUUGCUAUUGAAGUCACCGAGCAGGAGACCAAAAUACCCAGAAAGACUAUUAUCAUCGAGGAGACCAUCACCACGGUGGUGAAGAACCCCCGCAUGAGGAGGCACCGGUCCCCAGGGGCUGCCCUUGUGGCCGGGCACCGCUCUGAGACCACCACCCCCGAACCUGCAGGCGGAGCUCGGACCAGAAGGGUCCUGAGCCCACGUAGGACCACCAUACCCACAGUGUACGUGACCCAGAGCGAGGAGAGCAGGCCCCGCUGGGUGGAGGUGGAGGAGGUCAUAGAGUACAAGGUGAACAAGUCUCCUCGGCUGUCCAGGAGGAGAGGGCUGUCUCCCGCGGGCUCAGAGCGCACUUCUUCCAGACCACGGAGAGGAAUGCAUGAAAACCCCAACCUCAACAACUCCAACAACAAGCUGCUGGAACAGGCCCAGACCCAUGCUCAGCCCCUAUCCUGGGAGACAGAGGAGGCCAGUGUCCCGCCACAGUCCACAGACGCACUGGAGCUGUCCACAGUCCUGAACCUCUCCACCCAGGACAACGACGAGCAGGACGACCAGCAGACCGUCAUCCUGGAGGAGGAAGGCGACGCUCCACAAGUCCCAACACAAAAGGUUUUGACGUUGGAGGACUUGGAGGAUUACGUCCCUCAGGAAGGUGAGAGCUACAGGAGCUCUCUCGCUGGAGCCUCUGUGGAGGCGCCCUGUGAGAUCUCAGUGUUGCAGAGAGAGAUCGGGGGCUCCUCUGUGGGGCAGCCCGUGCUCCUAAACCUGGGCUGUCCCGUGCCCACGCAGAGGCAGCGCAGCGGCCUCUUCAACCGCUUCAGAGAUCACCUUUCCGGCAGCUUCUUCUCCUCGGCCGCUCACUGCAGCAACGCAGAGAGAAACAUCCCCAUCCACGUGACCCAGGCCGAGCUGGAGGUGAAGCCCUCGUACUGCUCCGAGGUGCAGAGAGUGGAGGGCGGCCAGCAGAGCUUUAAAACCAAAGUGUCUACUCAGACCUACGGCUACACGUCCGUGGGGAAUCCAGUCACUCUGCAGAUCAGUGAAAAGCGGCACGAGAAAAAGUAA